AUGUACUGGGAACCGGGUGCUACAAACAGUCUUCAUGAAAAUCCUGGUUCUAACUUGAAGUUAAGAUUAAUCGGAAAAAGAGAACAAGAUGGAAGGAUAUAUAACUUACCAACUUCUUCUGAGGUAGUUGCUUUAAUUGUCGGUGACAUUUGUGAUUUAAUUGAAAAAAGAGACAUCAUUGUUGAAACCUCAUCAGGAUUACUAAAGUGUAUCAGUGAAUUACAUCUUUCUUACCUUGCUCUUCAGUAUCCAUUACUAUUUCCAUAUGGUGAUGAUGGUUACAGAGUUGACAUCCUUCAUAGAGUGGUUUACACAAUUGAAUUUCAAAAAAGAGGUCUGUCUCAUAGUCAUAUAUGUCUGUUUAUGCAUUCUGUCUGCAAGCUUCCUACAAUUGAAUAUAUCGAUCCAAUUAUUCCUGCUGAGAUUCCAAAUAUUGAUGAAGAUCCAGAAUUGUAUUCACUUGUCAAGGAGUUCAUGAUUCACGGUCCAUGUGGAGCUGAAAAUUUCAAUUGCCCAUGCAUGGUGGACAGAAAGUGUUCUAAAAACUUUCCAAAGCAAUUCUGUAAUCAUACUUCAGUUUAUUCAGAUGAUUUUCCCUUAUAUAGGAGAAGAAAUGAUGGAAAUUUUGUUGAAAAAUCUGGUGUUCAGUUAGAUAACAGAAAUGUUGUUCCAUACAACAAAUAUUUGUUAAAAAGAUAUCAGACACACAUUAAUGUUGAAUGGCAUCCUGCUGUGAUUAGAUUACCUUUUCAUUUGCCUGGUCAACAACAAGUUGUAUAUGAGGCAGACGAUGAUAUUCAAGAUGUUCUUGACCGGCCUUCAGUUGCUUCUUCAGUGUUCAUAUCUUGGAUGAAGUGUAAUGAGAUCAAUAAAGAAGCACGAAAACUUACAUAUGUUGAAUUUCCUACCAAGUUUGUUUGGAAACCUAAACUUCAAACUCGGAAGCCAAGGGAAGUUGGAUUUUCUAUUGGUAGAAUUCACUCCGUUUCACCUAAGCUUGGCGAAGCAUAUUUUUUAAGAAUUCUUUUAAAUAAAGUGAAAGGUCCAAGAUCCUUCAAAGAAAUUCGCACGGUCAAUGGUGAAGUUUGUUCUUCUUUUAAAGAUGCAUGCUAUAAUCUGGGCCUUUUGGAUGAUGACAAAGAAUACAUCGAAGCAAUUAAGGAAGCAAGUCUUUUUGGAUCUGGUUUUUAUCUACGUUUCUUAUUUGCUAUGAUGUUAUUGUCCAGCAGUUUGUGUAAACCAGAGAUUGUGUGGGAAAACACAUGGGAAUACCUGUCAGAUGGAAUUCUUUAUACUCAACAAAAGAGAUUAAAGUCUCCAGAUAUUAUAUGUUUAUUACAUUAUUAUUAA